UAUAAAAGGAGACGGAUGAGUGAGCUUCAGUCUUACGAAGCUUUCAAGACGUUUGAUCGGUAGUGCAGGAACACAGACCAUUCCAGAAGAUUCUGUCUUAACAAAGCAGCGUCACGUGACCACACAGGGGGGUUUAUUUUCUGCGCAUUGCUCAGUUUGACCCAUUUCCUUUGUGAAAAUGCUCUAGGCUCUGAGACCGUCUGAGAAGGACAGGAAGAAAAGCAGAAGCGAAGAGGGUGAUUUCGAAGCAUUUGUUUCCUGAAGCAGGCGUCAUUCGUGUCCUCACGCUGGGGAAGGCAAAACGGACGCGUCUCAGCCCCUCCUGCCCUUUACAUUCUCUAACCUCUCAAGUCCUCCGGAGGAUCCGUCAACGGGCUUCAGUCAUGCACCUGAAAACCAUGAAGUGUAACCCUUUCUGCCUUAUCGCUUCCUUGGAGGAUCCGGAUAUGUUUAACAGACCCGAGAAAAGGGCAAGUUUUGAGGACCUGUUCCGUGCCUUCGACCGAAACGUCACCUUCCAGUUCUUUAAGAGUUUUCGUCGGGUGAGAAUUAACUUCACCAAUGCUCUGGCUGCUGCAGAGGCAAGAGCAAAACUGCACAACAGUGACUUCAACGGCAGGGAAGUGCGACUCUAUUUUGCCCAGUCUGUGCACAUUGGCAGUCCACACCUGGAACCUCCUAAACCAGAUAAGCAGUUCCUCCUGUCCCCUCCUCCGUCUCCUCCUGUUGGUUGGGAGCAGUCAAAGGACGCCACACCAUUCAUUAACUAUGACCUUCUGUGUGCCAUUGCCAGACUAGGGCCAGGUGAAAAGUAUGAACUCCAACCAGGAACUCCCACCACUCCCAGCGUGGUUGUUCAUGUUUGUGAAAACGAUCAAGAAAGCUCAGGAAAUGAGGAGGAAAUGGAUGGAGGCAGACGUCCACGUCCAAAAAUCGUCCAGACCCGUCGACCAGAAUACAGUCCCUCUGUCAUGCAGUGAGCCUAGCGAAGCUCUUGUUGUGCCAUAAUCUUUGCUUUACUAUCACAGGACCCUCUGGGGGAUCUGCCGUGGCAUACAGUUGGUCCUCCACACCACUAGAGGACGCCUUAAGACAGAACCUCAGCCCUGUGGAGAGCGACAUAAUGUAUAUGUCCACUAUCUCACAGGGCAAAGGGGUUCAUUGCAUGCAUUCGAUGGUAGACUGACUCAUUUUUCUGCAGGCUGGGGGUUUUCAAGAAUGCUUUCAUUGGUAACUGUGGCCAUGGAGAACAUGAGUCUCCUAUUGUGUUGUGUUUUUUGUAUUUUGGGAAGCAUGUUGAAUCCCAGUCAGUGGGUGUGAUAAUAAUAUGAUUAGUUUAUUUCUUUUUAGUUUAGCUUGAUAUUUUCAGGCUCUGAUUUAAUCAAUACUUGUGCGAGAUUACUGGAACUUGAACUAGAGUAAAUGCUGACGAUGAAGUAAAUAUUUUUGUCAUAAAAUUUGGGAGGUAUUUUUCCCAUUCAUAUGGCAAUUGUAAGUCUCGUUCCACCAUGUGCCUCAGCAUGUUCCUAAAUUACGAAUCACGAUUAAGUGCUCUCGUAUAA